ACAGCCAGGUGCUAGCCACAGCACCGCUCCGCCAGACAUGCUAGCAUCCAACUAGCACCCUCGCCGACUGGACCUCCCGCUGCCUCUGGGCCAACGUCUGCAGCAAUGGACGAGUCCGGCAUCAAGAAGCAGAACUGGGACGUGAAGGAGACCGAGUUGUUUCUGGACAUCCUCAAGGAGCUGGACAUGAAGAAGUGCUUGGACGGGCGGAAAGUGAGGAACAACAAGCUCUUCAAGGUGGCGCACCGGAGGAUGACGGCGGCCGGUUACCACAGGUCUGUGGACCAGCUGAAGUUUCGCUGGAAACUCCUCAAAAGUGCGUAUUACAAGUGCAAAAGAGAGCCCGACUCUCCGGCGCCGACCAAGAUACAGGGCUGGUGGCGGUACGAAAAGACGAUGGUGGCCAUCAUGGAGUCCAGGCACCCGCAGCUGGUCGGAUCCGGAGUGAACUCCGACAGGACCGACGACGUGAUGGAAGACUCGGACGGAGACGCGUCGGUGCUGCGCUGGCCGCAGCCCGGCCCGGACAAUGGCGCCCAGAACCUGGGGUUAAUUAUAAAAAUGGACCCUGAGAUGGACUCUCAGCUGAAGAUUGGUUUCAUUGGUGCAGGGAACAUGGCCUUCGGUAUCGCAAAGGGCAUCUUGUCAGGAAAUGUUCUUCCUGUAAACGUCAGAGUGAGCGCACCAUCCUCCAGGAACUUUGGCCGUUUUCAGGAGCUCGGGAUUGCAGUCACUCACUCCAACGUAGAGGUGGUCUCUGGGUCAGACGUGGUCUUUGUCGCAGUUAAACCUCACCUGGUUCAGCCCGUUCUAAAUGAGAUCUCCCUACACGUCACUGACCGACACAUUAUUGUGUCUGUAGCAGCGGGAGUAACGCUGACAACAUUGGAAGAGCUCCUGCCCGAGAAUUCCGUUGUCAUCAGGCUCAUGCCAAAUCUCCCAUGUGUGGUUCAGGAAGGGGCUCUUCUGUUUUCGAGGGGAACCCAUGCGAAGCAGGAAGAUGGAGCUCUGCUUUACUCUUUGUUGCAUCGCUGUGGUUUGGUGGAGGAGGGACCCGAGGCCUGGAUCGACAUCCACACUGGGCUGAGCGGGAGCGGAGUAGCUUUUGUGUAUCUGUUUGCUGAAGCGCUGGCAGAAGGAGCUGUUAAAAUGGGAAUGCCAAGUGCUUUGGCACAUAGCAUCGCAUCCCAAACUGUUCUGGGCGCUGGGAGAUUGCUACGUGAGUCUGGGAAGCAUCCAGCGCAGCUUCGCUCUGAGGUCUGCACCCCAGGUGGAACAACCAUCUACGGGCUUCACACCCUGGAACAGGGCGGCGUGAGAGCAUCCACCAUGAGCGCCGUGGAAUCCGCCACCAACAGAGCGAGGGAGCUCGGCCAAAAGUCGACGACAGCAUCCAGGAAAUGACAGCUGCCGUUUGCCUUUAUAAAUAUUUAAUGGACUUGAUUCAAGCCGUGCAACAAAAAGCAGACUUUUUGUUGCACGGUCACCAUGGAACACAAAGACAAUGCAGGACUUGUCCCUCAUUUUUCUCACUUUUCCCACUUUAUUUUGUGCAUCUCAUACUUGAAAUGUUGGAUGAAUCUUUGACACUGAUAAGUACAUUUUUUGUACAUGACCCUUUGAUUUCUUUGGAGAGUAUUGCUACUUUUACAUGCGCAUCGAUAAUCCAAUAUGUAAUGCAAGUAAGGUAUGACUAAACAAUUGGCUGCAUAGUACUCUUUUACAUUUACUCUUUUUCAUGUUAUCUUAUGAGUUUGAAUAGAGACGCAAACACUGAUGUAGAGUAAUGGAGAGACGCUUGUUAGUUAUCAAUCAAUGAAAUUAUACUCUCCACCAUAACUUUUCUCGUAAUGCCUUACUUGCCAUGAUUGGCUUAUUGUGUGCAUGUAAUGUGGAGUGCAGAAUGGAAGUAAAUUGUGUGGCUGUAUUUAAUUAUUUGAGAAAAUACGAUGUCAAAUGAAGCGUAUAGUAAACCAACAUUUUGGGUGAUUAAAGAAGGCCCCUGGCUGUCCCAGUUGUAGUUACAAUCUAGUUGUUGGCUAUGUGUUGAACACAAUGUUGAGAAAAAUGGUCAUGAUUCAUAAUUCAAAGUAUGCAAUGGGUUUUUCAUAACGUGUCCUGUUAAAAAGCUCCCUAAGCCUGAGUUAAGUUGUCUUGCAAUCAUAACACGGCAAUGUAACAAUGUACCAGGAACCAUUCUGAUAGUGGAUUAAGUAAUUUUUUGACUAAAUGCAAACAAUAAAUCAUGAUUUAAUAUAGA